AUGAAGUGGCGUGUCUUAGUAUUAUUGAUAGCAGGACUUGCCAUGAUCUACUUAAUAAGCCUGUUACAAGAUACUCCAUAUCCUCAUCCUGUCAUUAUGCAAGCAUUCGUACCAAAACGCACAAGAUCCAACGAGCCAUCUCAAGUGAUACUUUCAGAACACGACGGCUAUAUCUACAGAACGCAUAUUCACUACGAAGCUGUAUUAGAUACUAACCGAGGAUUUGUGCAUGGUGUGGAUUCUGUCAAGGUGAAUGUGAAUGGGCUGGUGAUUCAAGCAAGAAAGAAGAAAGGCGACCUUUUGAAAGAAGAGCCUGAAGAAGAGUGGGAAGAUUGCUUUAGGCAUUUGUUGUCUGGGCCAAUCACUAAAGUAUCAAAGAGCCCCGAAAACAGUGAUUCUGUUCAAUUUACAGUGCUAUUCCAUAUACUCGAGAACGAUACAGUGAAACACUUUGUGCGAGUCUAUUACUUAGCAAAUGACAAUAGCGAUGGAGCAGUCAGCUACGAAUACAAGGAGAUCUUGAUGCCUGGCAACACAAUGAUCAAUGCAAUUUCGCUGGAGCAGGAUUCGAUAUUAUUUUCUCGUGAUCCCGAUGCAUAUAGAUUUAGAAUUGUUGCAUUUCCUGAUCAUUUCACCAAGUCGCCUCAUUCAGAAAAAUCUUCGGUGAUCACAACAACCGUCGGUCAAACAGGCGAUCUUGUCAGAGCCUACCAUCAACCUGGAGGAACGGAAUCGCAUGCCAAUUUACUAUGCAAAUUGUAUUCGCCAAACAUUGAAACGUACCGUGUAUUCACGCUCGAUAUUCACAAAACCAAGAGUCUAUUUCACACAAAUGUCACAAUUUCAGAUGGUACAGCGCUCACAUCUUCCGAUAAAGGCACAAAGAAGGGCAAAUGGAUACUCAGGGACCAUCUUAAUACAAAUGACAGUACUUUUGUCGAUGAGAACCUAGAGUACAUGGCAUUUGUAGAUGGAGCACAUUUUCAUCACGAGCGCACGUUGGUCAACAUGCCCGUGCCUUCUAUUUCUCGGUCAAAAGAUUCAAAAACAAUGGUGGUAUCUCUCAUUCGAAACGAUUUUCAAACAUUGGAUUUUACAGACAACCUCAGUGCUCUGAUGAAUAACGAAUAUGAGCGAAAAUAUCUGUACAAAACUAGCGAUGGCGACUAUUUGCACGAAUUUUAUCACACCAUGCAGGUACCUGAUUCAGUGGAACCCAGUGACACGGCGUUUGAUGCCACUGAUAUCCGCGGUGUGCAAUUGAAUGCCAACGGUACAUUGCUCGCUGUAUGGACAAAAGCCAACUCUGUCUAUAUCUAUAAGCGAGGUUCAGGAGACCAAAUUCAAAAGGCAUGGGGCGAUGUGGGUAGUAUCUUUGAAUCGAAACCGCUGACCGGCAGCCCACAUCAUUUAGAGAAGCCUCUAGAAUGGAUUUUGAGGAUGGUGAUUUCACCCACGGAAGGCCAAAUUGGAUCUAUUGCGCCUAUUGGCGCCGCCAUGUUCUGGAGUAGUGAAGGAUCCAACUAUCUCUCUGUGGGAAUGAGGAAUAGCAUUGUAAAUACUUAUUUGAUUGAUGAGAUGGAGGAACAAAAAGUCGUCAAUUUCAGAAGCUUCAUGAGAGACAAAUGGGAUCUAUGGAUGGUCAUGUCGAUGAUUGUAACAAUCUUUGUUGUCAAUGAGUACAAGACAUACCCUGUAUGA